CGGCGGUGCCUGCCCCGGUCUCGGCGCGCGGCGCUCGGCGCUCAGCGCGCGUACCGGGACCCGCACCGGGACCGGGUCUCGAACCGGGACCCUCCCCUCCUCCCCUCCUCCUUCACCGGCACCUCCCACACCAGCACUACCACCCCCCGAACCGGCACCGGUACCGGCCCCUCGGGGAUCGCCGGCCCCGCCCGCCUCGCCCGGUACCGCGCCGUCCACCGGGCCCCACCAUGAUGAAGUUUCGGUUCCGGCGGCAGGGCGCCGACCCGCAUCGCGACCGUCUCCGGCACGAUCUCUUCGCUUUUAGCAAGACGGUAGAGCAUGGCUUCCCCAGCCAGCCCAGCGCCCUGGCCUACGACCCGGCCCUGCGCAUCAUGGCCAUCGGCACUAAAGCAGGAGCUGUGAAGCUAUAUGGAGCACCCGGUGUGGAGCUGACAGGCUUGCACAAAGAGACAGCCACUGUCACCCAGCUGCACUUCCUCCCUGGCCAGGGCUGGCUUCUCUCCCUGCUGGAUGACAACACACUGCACCUCUGGGAGGUCUGCCAGAAGGAUGGCUGCUCCCACCUGGAAGAGACCCGCAGCUUCAGCCUCCCAGGGCGCCCAGGGUCCGACAGCACUAACUGCUCUCCCGGGAUCACACGGGUGACAGUGGUCCUGCCGACAUCCUCCAGCAUGGUGGCCUGCCUGGGCACAGAGGGGGGUGCGGUGUACUUCCUCACCCUGCCCACCCUGGUGCUUCUGGAGGACAAAACCCUCUUCCCGGAUGAAGUCCUGCAGAGUGUUCCUGAUGACUACCGCUGCGGGAAGGCUCUGGGGCCGGUGGAAUCCAUCCAGGAGCACCCACGGGACAGCAGCCAACUCCUCAUCGGGUACAGCCGGGGGCUGGUGGUUCUCUGGGAGCAGAGCACACGCACUGUCCAGCACCUCUUCCUGGGAAACCAGCAGCUGGAGAGCCUGGCCUGGGAACAGAGUGGGAAGAGCAUCGUCAGCUCCCACAGCGAUGGCGGGUACAUGGUGUGGGCUGUGAGUGGCACCAGUCAGAGGACCCAGCAGCCUGUCAUGUCCACCAUCCCCUAUGGUCCAUUCCCUUGCAAAGCCAUCAGCAAAAUCCUCUGGCGGACCUGUGAGUCGGGGAACCCCUUCAUCAUCUUCAGUGGGGGGAUGCCCCGGGCCAGCUAUGGUGACCGGCACUGUGUCAGCGUGCUGCAAGGCCAGACCUUGGCCACGCUCGACUUCACCUCCCGUGUCAUUGACUUCUUCACUGUGCAGAGUGCUGAGACAGCUGAGGGAGGCUUUGAGAACCCCCGUGCCCUUGUGGUGCUGGUGGAAGAAGAAUUGGUGGCCAUCGACCUCCAGACACCAGGCUGGCCCACCAUCCCUGCCCCCUACCUGGCACCUCUCCACUCCUCUGCCAUCACCUGCUCCUGCCAUGUCUCCAACGUGCCCCUGAAGCUCUGGGAGAGGAUUGUCAGCGCCGGCGAGCAGCAGAGCCCCCGGCAGUCCUCUGCUGCUUGGCCCAUCGAUGGGGGGAAGAACCUGGCACAAGAACCCACACAGAGGGGCCUUCUCCUUACCGGGCACGAGGACGGUACGGUGCGGUUCUGGGAUGCCUCGGGGGUCUCCUUGAAGCCCCUCUACAAGCUGGGCACUGCCAGCAUCUUCCAGACAGACUGUGAGCACAACGACAGCCUCAACCAGGCAGGCGAGGAGGAGUGGCCACCCUUCCGCAAGGUGGGCUGCUUUGAUCCCUACAGUGACGACCCCCGCCUGGGCGUGCAGAAGAUCGCGCUCUGCAAGUACACGGCCAAGAUGGUGGUGGCUGGCACAGCAGGGCAGGUGCUGGUGAUGGAGCUGAGCGACGAGAAGUCGGAACAUGCAGUCAGCGUGGCCACCGUGGACCUGCUGCAGGACCGUGAGGGCUUCACCUGGAAGGGCCACGACCGGCUGGCCCCCCGCAAUGGGCCCCUGUCCUUCGCCCCUGGUUUCCAGCCCAGUGUGCUGGUGCAGUGUGUGCCCCCUGCUGCUGUCACCGCCAUCACCCUCCACUCCGAGUGGAACCUCGUGGCCUUUGGCACCAGCCACGGCUUCGGACUCUUCGACUAUUACCGGCGCAACCCGGUGCUGGCCAGGUGUACGCUGCACCCCAAUGACUCGCUGGCCAUGGAGGGGCCCCUGUCCCGUGUGAAGUCCCUCAAGAAGUCCCUGCGGCAAUCCUUCCGACGCAUCCGCAAGAGCCGCGUGUCCGGCAAGAAGAGGCUCAAUGCCAGCAGCCCCUCCAGCAAGGUGCAGGAGGCCAACGCACAGCUGGCUGAGCAGGUGGGACCCCCCGAGGUGGAGAUGACACCGGUGCAGCGGCGGAUCGAGCCCCGCUCAGCCGAUGAUUCCCUCUCAGGGGUGGUGCGGUGCCUCUACUUCGCUGACACCUUCCUCCGAGAUGCCGCCCACCACGGCCCCACGAUGUGGGCAGGGACCAAUUCAGGCUCCGUGUUCGCCUACGCCUUGGAGGUGCCCUCGCAGGAGAAGUUUUCAGAGCGGGCAGUGGAGGCAGUGCUGGGGAAGGAGAUCCAGCUGAUGCACCGGGCACCGGUGGUGGCCAUCGCGGUGCUGGAUGGACGGGGGAACCCCCUGCCUGAGCCCUAUGAGGUCUCACGGGACCUGGCCAAGGCCCCUGACAUGCAGGGCAGCCACUCCAUGCUCAUCUCCUCUGAGGAGCAGUUCAAGGUCUUCACGUUGCCCAAAGUGAGCGCCAAGACCAAGUUCAAGCUGACAGCACAUGAGGGCUGCCGGGUGCGGAAGGUGGCCCUGGUCAGUCUGGCCAGUGCCAGCUCUGAGGAGAGGCUGGAGAACUGCCUGGCCUGUCUCACCAACCUCGGUGACAUCCACAUCUUCACCGUGCCCAGCCUGCGGCCCCAGGUCCACUAUGGCUGCAUCCGCAAGGAGGACAUCAGCGGCAUUGCCUCCUGCAUCUUCACCAAGCAUGGCCAGGGUUUUUACCUAAUUUCACCAUCCGAGUUCGAGCGCUUCUCGCUGAGCGCCAGGAACGUGACAGAGCCACUGUGCCGGCUGGAGGUGGCCCGGCUCCAGGACACCACCUGCCUCAGCAACAGCUCAACAGUGUCACCGAAGCUGCCGCAGGCGAAUGGCACUCACGUCCCCCACAGCCCUGAGGACCAACACUCUCCCACCAACAGUGACCGGUCCCCCGAGGAGCACCCGGCCACCUUCUCGCCCGGUCCCAUCGACUCCCCCAACAGCAGCAUGGAGAACCCGCUGGACACCACUGGGGACAUCACCGUGGAGGAAGUGAAGGAUUUCCUGGCGUCCUCAGAGGAAGCAGAGAGGAACCUGAGGAACGCCAGUGAGGAGGAGGCCCGGCCCACAGGGAUCCUCAUCAAGUGAGGCAUCGCCGGCCCCCCCAGCCCAUCUCAGUGCUCGGAUUCCCGGGACACGCGACUCGACUGGACCCCCCCACGCCCCCUCCCCACAUAACGUAGACUCGCCUCUUCUCUAACACCCACCUGCACCUCCCUGCCUGGCCCCCCUGGCCCCCAGCUGGGGAUCCUGGUGCACAAACUCUUCCCGGGGAAGAUAAUUUUCUUUUUUGUUUUGUUUUGGGUUUUUUUAUACAUGCACACGGUCGAGUGUCACUGUCCCCAGCUCCAGAGCCCCCUUCCCAGGGGAUGCUGCUGCUUCCCCGGCUCCACAGGGUGGGCUGGGGCUCAUGGACCACCACCCCCAUUUAUGGUUCCUCAGGGAGGUGGGGGGGCUGGGAGCCACCAGCACGGCCCCCCCCUUCUCUGGUCUGUGUUUACAUGCCCGGCCCCCUGCAGUUUACAGCCCCCUCCCCUGGUUCCAGCUGCCCCAAAGGGACCCUCUCCUUCCCAGCAUGGACCCCCUGGCUCCCAGGUGGGCACUGGAGGGCUUGAGCAGCCUGGGGAGGGGCACAGAGGGGGGUCACAGGUGGCCUUUUUCUCUUAGUGGCUUCUCCAAGGGCUAUUCACCAGGUUGGGCUCCGUGCCUGCUGCUCAUUUCUGACACUAAUUCCUGCCACGGGUGGGUUUGGGAUGGGAUCAUGAUGUGGGGUGGGACACUGCUUCCCAACCCUACUCUGUGCUGGUGCUGGUGGAGAUGGGAAGAUGGGGUACGAGGCUGCCCCUGCCCCACCCGGGGGUCUCACUGUGCCAAAUCCCCCACCCCGGGUGCCCCAGUCCAGGCUCACCCUUGCAGGGAGUGCGGUGAUGCUGGGACUGGACUGUUCCUGUGUGGCUCUGGGGCCCAGCGUGGCACCUGCCUCUCUAAUUUUGGGGAGCCAGGGCCUUUUUGGACCCCCCCUUGCGGUACGUGUGUGGCUGGGGGGGCUGGGCUCUAGGGCUGUAAAUUGUCCCUGAUAGAGAGACCCCCCCCCCACAC